UUAAUGUUGUCUGAUUUUAAAUUAUGAUUCUUCAAAAUGAUAUAUUAAUAUAUUAGAAAAAGAGACAUUAAUUUGUUCAACUAAAUUAAAUAAUUUGUAUUCUUAGUCUAUGAACACAAAGGAUCCAGCUGCAUCCGGCUAUGAAAAUCUGUCAAAUCGAACAGCUGAUCUGAUUUGUUAGCAUCAGCUGAUGUAAACAAAAUACAAAUAUAAUUAAUUACAUGAAAUAUUCUCACUGUUUUUGAGUCAAACAACUAUAGUUUUUAUUUAAAAAUACAAAAAUAAAUGUCUAUUUAACAAUCAUGGGUGAUAAUAAUUAUAAUCUGUGUAGAAUAUGUUUAAAAAGCGAUGAAAUAAAUAUUGAUUACAUUUUAUAUAGAAAGUUUAUGAAUGAAAUCGGUUUUGUGAAUAUACCAGAACGAGUGCCUCUAUGCUUAUGGUGCAGAGAAGCUAUUAAGAAAUCAACAAUGCUAAUAUCAGUAGCAAGAAAAUCACAUAAGUUAUUGACCAGCCAUAAUUUGACACCUACAGACUUCUCCACACAUGCUAUUAAAGGCAUCUAUGAAUUGACAUAUUCUCGUAACAUAUCUGUAAAUAUACCUCCAAAUGAAACAAAUACCAUAGACAAGGAUGCAAUAAUAACAGACUCUGCUGAACACAAUUCAAAAGAAGUAUGUUGUAUUACAUUAAAUAAUUUGAAUAAAGAACAAGAUUCCAUUGUUGAUUAUAGUGAAGAGACCAUAGACUAUCAUGAAGAAGAAGAAUCCAAUUUAAAUAAAGAUGACAAAAUAAAUUAAAUAAGACAAAAUGAUGGUAAUUAUAAAACAACAAAAUUAAAUAAUAAACAACAGUAUGAUUAUGAGGAAAUGAAAUUCGAUGUUGAAUAUUUAAAUUUAGAACAGCAAUUAGCAGAUAUAGAAAAGAAGAGAAAGUCAGAAAAAUAUAGCAAAAUGAAAUAUAAAUGUCAAUCUUGUGGGAUUGGGUUCUUGACUAUGGAUGUUUUUAAAGAACAUGAGUUAAGGCAUAAAGAGACUGCCGGCCCCAAUAAAUGUAUUGUAUGCAACUUGAGGUUCAAGUCUCAAGAUGUAUUGUCUCAGCACAGUUUAGCACACAGACGUAAGUUUACGUGUCGAAUAUGUAGCAACACAUACAAACGAUGGUCGCACUGCGUCGCACAUAGAUACAAGUGUGGGGGUAUUGUCGAGUAUGUUGCUUGUGAUACCUGUAAAAAGAUAUUUGGCGACAAACAUUCCCUGAACAUACAUGUAAAUGGGGUGCAUAAAAAGGAAAGGAAAUAUCAUUGCAGUGAUUGCGAUCGAAGAUUCUCGAGCAAACAACGCCUCACCGUACAUCUAAGGUCUCACACUGGUUCUAAGCCAUUCUCGUGCGGGCAAUGUUCUAGAAAGUUCUCAACGAAUUCCGCUUUAAAAUCUCACUUAUUCACACAUACAGAGGAUAAACAAUUCUACUGCGUCGAAUGCGACACGCGAUAUAAAACCAAAAAGGGGUUGAGACGGCAUUUCAUGGAGUCCACGAGACAUGUCGUUAAAGAGAGCAUAGUUUUUACCUGUCCGGAUUGCACGAAGAAAUUUUCGACGAAGAAGCUUUUAGAGACACAUAUAAAUAUAAGUCACAUGAAUACAUAUCGCUGUGACUUAUGCAAUAAGAUGUUUUCAAACAACACAAACUUAAGAAAACAUAUACGAUGUAUUCACACUGUCGUGUAAUGUUUGCCGCCAUCUUAAUUGUAUUUGGCGGGAAUUCGUUUCUGCAGAUAUUUUUUUAAGAAAAUAUAUGUAGUUUAUGGUUAGUAGUUUAUGAAUUAAUUUGAUGAAAAUACAAAGAUUAGAUAAUCCUGGAGAAUGGUGCCUUAUUAAAUGACUAUUGUACCCAGU